AUGAGCAUGGCCGACGCUCCUAGCUCCGCGCCACAGAAUGGCGGCUUUUCUCUCUCAUAUGACGAUGACGGAUUCGGUAAUGACUUCUUCUUGUCGCCCGAGGAGGCCGAGGAUGUCUUCAGGCCGUCGUCGUCGUUUCCUGCUACGCCUUGUCGGCCUAAGACGGAGAUCGAAUGGGAUCAAAAGCAGCUACCGUCGAAUGAGCCCAAGCUCAGUGAGGAGCAGCAGCAGUUGGUCAACCUGAUCCUCAGUGGCAAAAACGUCUUCUUCACGGGAUCAGCAGGUACUGGAAAGUCGACAGUGCUCAAGGCGGCCGUAAGGGAACUGCACCGAAAAGGCCUUCAAGUCGAUAUUGUCGCACCGACAGGACGAUCGGCGCUGCAGAUCGGCGGCAGAUCGACCUGGUCGUAUAUGGGCUGGACGCCGAACCACGACAAGCUGAAGAUGCCUUCACUUAUCGCAUCCGCCAACAGAAAGUCUGUAUACAGACGGUUGAACAAAACCAAGGUGCUAGUCAUUGAUGAGGUUAGCAUGAUUGAGAACAAUCACUUUGAGCGCAUGAGCAGGUGCAUGGCGGCUGCACGGGGGCGGCACACCGGGGACGAAGCAAAGCCUUUUGGGGGCGUCCAACUCAUCGUCACAGGCGACUUUUGCCAGCUCCCUCCGGUCAAGCCCUUCGCCCACUGUGUCGAGUGCGGCCGAAAGACGACUUCUGACGAGCGCGAGACCGAGUUCUUCUGCCCCUCGGGUGAACACGGCCCCUUUAGUGAGCACGACAAGUGGGCAUUCAGGAGUGCUGCCUGGGAGGCGUGCCAAAUGGUGCACGUCCAACUUAGACAGGUCCAUCGGCAGUCGGAUCGCGUCUUUAUUGACAUUCUGCAAAGUUGCAGGCUGGGACUGCCUUUGACAUCUGACCAGGCAGAGUUGCUCUUGGAUCACCCGUGCAACGUCGACAAGGCCACACGACUGUACCCCACGCGAGGCCUGUGCAACGGAAGCCAGGGCAUCAUUUGCGGGUGGGAGUACCGCACCCUGGAAAGCCUCCCUAAGUUGAGAAAUGGGGACUUGGGUCGGAAGAAGAAUUUCGUCGGGGCGGCUACGCAUACUGCUCUAGGAACGGAAGACAUUAGAGCACAAGUCAAAGAAGGCGAGCAGCCCAUGUUGGAUGUGGCGUAUAGCAGACUUGGCGGAAACAUACUCGAAGACGACUACGCCGAACUCAAGGAACGGCAAAUCGAAGCCUUUGCCAAAGCACAAGACCACGGUACACACCACCGCAACAACCGAUUCCCGCCUCAUCGCGACGUCAACGGCGUCCCCGAGAAACUCCUGCCAUUCUGGCCCCGCGUCCUGUUCCACAAUGGCGUCAAACGCACCAUUUUCGCAGAGUGCAUCGUCAACGCCAUUGGCGACAGCGCACCAUACUGCCUGCUGCACAGGACACAGGUCCCCCUAGCUCCCGCGUGGGCCAUGAGCAUCCACAAGAGUCAGGGCAUGACACUGGAUCGUGUCAUUGUCGACCUGUCGAGGGCGUUUGAGGAAGGGCAAGUGUACGUUGCGCUGUCGAGAGCUACGAGCCUCGAGGGCCUGAGGGUGGAUGGCAACCCAGCCGGUCUGUCAGUUGGCCAGGGAGGGAAUAUAGAUGUACAGCACUUUUUCAAGAUGAAAUUUGGGGAUAUAUCAAACAACUGUGUAUAA